AUGUUAAAACCGCGUGCAUUAAGCGAAGUACUUGCACAAGUCACUAAUGGAGGAAUUCAAUCGACUGUAUUAUUGACACGCGACGGAGCUCUACUUGCUUAUUCGGGGUUUGAAGCAAAAGACGCAAAAAUUAUUGCUGCAAUGGCGAGUAGUAUUUUUGCUGCACAUCAACGUGUUCGACAACCAUCGGGAUCGGGUGUACCACAAAAUAUCGUUGGCUCUGGUGAUUUGAAUAUGAUUUUACUGGAUGCUGAAGAAGGAAAAAUGGCUAUUACUGCUGUAGCCACUCAACUUGUUUGUAUGGUAGCUAAAACUAAUGUACAAUUAGGAAUGUUGAAAGCUAAAAUGGAUGCUCUUUCGUCUUAUCUUCAAGAACCGUUACGCCAAGUAUCACAGAGCAAUAAUUAA